AUUUUCGAUCUCAGCUCUUAUAUAAUGACAAAGUUGGAGUCAUUCUUACUUUGACAUACCUGCAAACAACAAAUAUUGUUUACUGUGUUUUGAGAAGGCUUUGUGUCUAAAAGGAGUAUUGCUUGUGUAACCAUGCCGACAAAUAUCCUAUUGUGUUUAUGGUCAGUGUUUUUCAUUUCCGUUUAUUCCCGUAAACUUUGCCCAGAAUAUGCAGAAAAACCAAUUAGGCGGAAAGAUCCGGAUGAUUGUACUAAAUAUCACCUGUGUGUGGACAAGAGAGAGUUCAUUAUUACCUGCCCGGAACAUUAUGUUGUCAGUGAAAGGUCACUGAAGUGUGUCCAAGAGGGCUCGGUCUUCGACACUUGUCCAAAAGAGGAAAAAUGGAGGCGAGAAUUGUGUAUAAGAUUCCCUAACAGCACGCUGGAGCAUCCGUAUAACUGUGCAAAAUACUACGUGUGUGAUGCCAACACGCCCAGUGGAACAAUGGCGCGAAUUCACGAAUGCGAUUUCCCUUCUUUGUAUAGUCCUGAAUCUGGGCGAUGUGAACAUUACAGUGUUGUAAAAUGUGGACAGAGAUUUGAACCAAAGAGUCAUUGUGAGUAUGACAAAUAUUUGUGUAAGCAUGCGCAUUGUCCUCCCUGCUUUCUUCGACAUCCUAGUUGUUACGGACUUAGGGAAGGGUUGAAUCCCUGGCCCGGAAAAGAGGGAACCCCGUAUUUCCUUGUCUGCAGAGACGGGAGAGUACGCUUCAGUGGAGCGUGUCCGGAUACGUCAAAGUCUCAUCAAAUAUUUGAUUCCUUCAGAAAUGUUUGUGUAGAAAGGCCAUUUCCGGAUUACAGUGAUUGAAUGAAAGAUUGUAUUCCUUAUAUAUUAUUAGAUGUGUUUCUAAAAUCAAUAAUAUUGUAUUCUUAUUUAAAAUUAAUAGGUACCAUGUACUACAGCUGUCCCUUUAAACAGCAUUAUGCUUUUUUGUA